CGCCCAUGCGGGUCACCUUGUUCGCCACUGGGUUUUACGAGGGUCAUUCCAAAGAUUCCGACGGGCCGUUCGGCAAUUCCCACCCGUAAGGAGACCAAGACUCCAGUUUGAGAGAGAGUAGUAGAAGAAGAGAGGAAAAAAAGAGAAAAAAACCCUAAAGCCCUUCUUCUCGAAUCUCCUUGUUUCUCCAAUCGCUCCCUCUCUUUACUGUAAAAAUGGCGUUGCGUCUUGUUACUUCUUCGGACGAGGUGGUGAUUAAAGCCCCGACGGACCAACGUUUAUACCGUGUCCUUCACCUCCCCAACGGCCUCUCAGCCGUUCUCAUCCACGACCCCGAGAUCUUCCCCGAUAAGCUUCCAGAAGAUUCUAGAAUCCUAGAAGAAGAAGAAGAAGAAGAAGAAGAAGAAGACGACGACGAUGAUGAUGAUGAUGAUGAUGAUGAUGAAGAGGAAGAAGAAGGAGAAGCAGGAGAGGGAGAAGGAGAGAAUGAGAAGAAAAAUGGCGGAGUCAUGCCUACUAAAAAGGCAGCAGCUGCUAUGUGCGUAGGAAUCGGAAGCUUCUCUGACCCCUUCGAGGCACAAGGUCUUGCCCAUUUUUUGGAACACAUGCUCUUCAUGGGGAGUUCAAAAUUUCCCGAUGAAAAUGAGUAUGAUAGUUACUUGUCCAAGCACGGGGGUUCUUCAAAUGCAUACACGGAAACAGAGUACACCUGCUACCAUUUUGAAGUUAAUCGGGAAUUUCUCAAGGGGGCCUUGAAAAGAUUUUCUCAAUUCUUUGUUUCACCAUUAAUUAAAGCUGAAGCAAUGGAACGGGAGAUAUUAGCUGUAGAUUCAGAAUUCAAUCAGGUUCUGCAAAAUGAUGCUUGUCGCCUUCAACAACUUCAAUGUCACACAUCUGCCCCGGGCCACCCCUUUAACAGAUUCUUCUGGGGGAAUAAGAAGAGCCUGAGUGAUGCUAUGGAAAGAGGGAUUAAUUUGCGUGAACAAAUUUUGCAGUUGUAUGGAGAAAAUUACCAUGGUGGAAUAAUGAAACUAGCAGUGAUUGGGGGAGAGUCUCUAGAUGUCCUAGAAGAUUGGGUGUUGGAGCUGUUCAGCGAUGUCAAAGAAGGUCAUUGCGUAAACACGAUUUCUCAAAAGGUUGAACCUAUUUGGAAAUCUGGAAAAAUUUACAGGAUGGAAGCAGUUAAAGAUGUGAAUAUACUAAAUUUGACAUGGACAUUGCCGUGUCUGAAUAAAGAAUAUCUUAAGAAGCCAGAAGACUACUUAGCACAUAUUUUGGGUCAUGAGGGAAAGGGAAGCUUGCAUUUCUUUCUCAAAGCUAAAGGAUGGGCAACCUCGUUGUCUGCUGGUGUUGGUGAUGAAGGAAUGCAUCGAUCUUCUCUAGUUUACAUCUUUGCCAUGUCCAUAUACCUCACAGAAUCUGGCUUAAAAAAUGUUCACGAGGUUAUUGGGGUUAUUUAUCAGUAUCUUAAAUUAUUACGUCAAGCUGGUCCACAAGCCUGGAUAUUUAAGGAACUCCAAGAUAUUGGGAAUAUGGAAUUUAGAUUUGCAGAAGAACAGCCCCAAGAUGAUUAUGCAGCAGAACUUGCAGAGAACUUGCUUUUAUAUUCAGAAGAACACAUUAUUUAUGGGGAAUAUGCUUUCGAAGUGUGGGAUGAUAGAUUGAUAGAACAUGUUUUAAGCUUCUUCACACCAGAAAAUAUGAGAAUUGACAUAGUGUCAAAGUCUUUUGAUAAGCAGUUGAAAGAUGUUCAGUAUGAACCAUGGUUUGGAUCCUGCUACAUUGAAGAAGACAUUUCACCAUCUCUUUUGGAACUGUGGAUGAACCCUCCACAAAUAGAUGCUUCCCUGCAUUUGCCUCCAAAGAAUGAGUUCAUUCCAUGUGACUUCUCCAUCCGCAAUGCAAAAUCAUCAAAGAAUCCCACAAGUUUAGAUCUCCCACAAUGCAUAGAUGAUCAACCAUUGGUUAAGUUAUGGUACAAACUCGACUGGACGUUCAAUGUUCCUCGUGCAAACACAUAUUUUCUGAUAACGGUCAAGGAGGGAUACAGCAGCAUAAAAAAAUGUGUUUUGACUGAAUUAUUUGUGAAUCUUCUUAAAGAUGAGCUGAAUGAGAUUUUGUAUCAGGCUGGUGUGGCCAAGCUGGAGACGUCCCUGUCUAUGAUAGGGGACAAGCUUGAGCUGAAGCUAUAUGGUUUCAAUGAUAAGCUCCAGAAUUUGCUGUUUGAAAUUUUAACUGUAUCCAAAUCAUUCUCACCAACUGAAGAUCGUUUUAAGGUUAUUAAAGAAGAUAUGGAGAGAUCCUUCAGAAAUGCCAAUAUGAAGCCUUUGAAUCAUUCUACAUACUUGAGAUUGCAAGUUCUGCGAGAGAACUUCUGGGAUGUGGAUGACAAGCUAUCUUACCUAUCUGACAUAACCCUUUCUGACUUGAAGGCUUUUAUUCCCAUACUUCUUUCCAGGUUGCAUAUCGAGGGCCUAUUGCAUGGCAAUUUAUCAAUGGACGAGGCAUUCAGUAUAUCGAGCACCUUCAGAUCUAUCUUGUCUGUACAGCCACUGCCAACUGAACUGAGACAUCAGGAACGUGUUAUGUGUCUCCCCCCUGGUGCCAGCCUCAUUAGAAAUAUGCAUGUAAAGAAUAAGUUUGAAGUGAACUCUGUGGUUGAGCUUUAUUUUCAAAUUGAACAGGAUACGGGAACGAAAUGGUCCAAAUUGAGAGCCAUUGCAGAUCUUUUUGAUGAUAUUGUGGAAGAACCGUUUUUUGAUCAGUUAAGGACAAAGGAGCAGCUUGGGUACGUUGUUGAAUGUGGUCCACGGAUGACAUACCGUGUACUGGGAUUUUGCUUCCGUGUUCAGUCUUCAAAGUACAAUCCGUCUUACUUACACGGGAGAAUCGACAACUUCAUAAAUCUUGUGCCAAAAUUACUGGAUGGGAUUGAUGAUGAGUCAUUUGAGAAUUAUCGGAGCGGAUUGAUAGCAAAAAAAUUGGAGAAAGACCCGUCGCUUACAUAUGAAACCAGUCACCAUUGGAAUCAAAUUGUGGAUAAGAGGUAUUUGUUUGACAUGUCAAAGCUGGAGGCGGAAGAGCUUAAGCACAUACAGAAGAGUGAUCUCGUUGAUUGGUACAACACGUAUCUGAGACUUCCCUCUCCAAAGUGUAGACAACUUGCAAUUCAUGUGUGGGGCUGCAACACCAACAUGAAAGAGGAGGCUGAAAUGCAAGCCAAAUUUGGGGAAGUUAUCGAGGACCUUGUUUUCUUGAAGAAGUCUGCUGAGUUCUACACAAGCCUUUGUUGAAUGAAUAUGGAAGUGGCUAGCUUUGCCGAUCGGAAUGGAGGAAUUAUGUGACUUGAGGGCACAUGUUUUUUCAGUUUUCUGGGACCCAUGUUCAGUGAUCUAGACCAUUGGUAUGAUUGGCUCGACUGUGUAUGACUAUGCCCCAAGAAGUCUCCCUAGUUAAAAAGUACUAUCUUCAGACUAUCGCAGAUUGAAGGGAGAUUGUCCAUUUGGGAAGAUCUGUGCCAGAUUAGUCUGUUGACGUGGGGCCCAUCAGAUUGACUACCUUGACACUGCACUGCAAACCCUGCUUGCACAAGCCAUCCAUUGUUGAAAGUUGGCCACAUGCAUUAAGAAACUACAAGCUGGGCAAGCCAAAUAGAAAAAAGUUACAUGAUUGAUAGGUUUGCUUUAAUUGAUCAUUGUUUUCAAUUAAGAUGAAUAAAUUCAUUUAAUUGAUCCUUAUUUUUUGGGGGAAUUUGGGGGAAUUUAAAACCCUCCCAAUGCUUGAAAUCAUUCUAUCAGUAUCAUUCCAA